ACUUAACCUAUAUUAAUGAAGUUAACUCACUGUAUCUCCAGGUAUGAUCUAGCGCAGAAUGACUCGAUCCGUGAAAUUGAAGCGAUCAGGGGCCGCGUCUCAGUGCUGCGGGAGGAGGUGCUUCGGCACGGUGCUGCAGGACAGGGGACGGAGCUGCAAGGUCUCCUCACGCACCUGGAUCAGGUGGACACGGGGCGAAAUCCCUGCAUCCGGGAGGCACGGCGCAGGGCCGUGCUGGAAGUUCAGGCGCUCAUCACCUUCCUAGACCUCUGGGAAGCCCUUGGACGGCGUAACCCCGUAUCAGACGAGCCUCCGCCUCAUGCAGCCGUGUGGCGUGUCUUAGCCAGCCUGUGUGACCUGCAGGCUCAGGCUUUGGGCUUUGACGGCAAGAGGGCUGACAAGAGCUACAUGGUAUUAGAGGAGCUACUGACCAAACAACUUCUGGCUCUUGAUGCUGUGGACCCUCAGGGUGACCAGGGGACCAAAAAUGCCCGUAAGCAAGCUGUUAAACAUGCCCAGAAUAUCCUUAGUUACCUGGAUAUGAAGACAGAUGAGUGGGAGUACUGAGAGGCCCAUAAAAGAGACUGGGAAUAAGGAGCUGCAAGGAAAAAGGCAAAUGUUUUUUUGUCUCUUGUGCGACAUAUGAGGACACGGUCGUGCCGAGGAUACAGGCCAUGGGCGGAAUUUAUAAUUUGUAUAUAAAAGACUGUGUAUCGCCGUGGGCAGCGAGACUGUUACCCAUGAUGCACUGCACCUGCUGCUUUUAUUGGUCCAUUACUGGUCCCUGAAAGCUGCCUUUCUCCUGGCAGAAGGAAACAUGGUUUCUACUGCAUAUGAAGCGUUUGUUUUCAUGACAAUAACCCAUGAUCUUUUUAGUUGAAUCUGUGCUGUUGAUUGGUGUGGUGUGGUGCUAAACUCUGUUUGGCUGCCAAAAUCUGCUUCUUGCUUUUUCCCACAUGCCCGGAUGGAGCACAUUUCAGUCUUUAUCGCGGUGUGAGUACAUCAGCUCUAUAAACAACUGACCCAAAGGGAACAAUAUUUUAGCAUUUCCUUGUAUCUUCUACAUAUAUGUCCCAGUUUAUGUUAAAGGGAUAGUUCACCCCAAAAUAAAAAUUCUGUCAUUCAUUUUAUAAUAGAUUUGAGUGAAUAAACAUUGGUUUGUGACAUCAGUUUAAAGGUGAAGUGUAAUUUCUGUGCCAUUUGUGUCAACAAAUGGACAGUGUUUAUACACUUUUUAGGGUAUUUAACAUGAAAUGACACACUUCACCUUUAAAGAAGACUCAAUGACAGCUAAAAAAAUCAAUCAGAUUUAUAAACCUUCCUGCAGUUUUGUCAGAUUUCAUAGAGGACUGUGACCAAAAUGCAAUGAGGUAUUGUCUUUGGAGACGUUUCUUUUUACUGUGGAGGACAAAGAAUAGAAACUAGUUCACAGGGUUUCUUGUCUUCUCCAUUGGUUUUUUGCUGUUAGGCAAAAAGUGCCUGUGCAAGCGACUAGGGAAUCAAGCAGAGACUGAAAGUGUGUGUGUCUGUGAUUGUUAAAAAAAAACAAAAAGUGGUGCGUGCUAUUUUGGUGGUGAGACUGAUCAAAGUGGACAGGGGCGUUCUAGGACAUUUUCAUCGGAGCGGCAGGGAAAGACAGCAAGCUAUCAAACAAACUCAAACACUGUGGCUACAUUCACACAGAUCAAUGUGACCCAAAUCUGAUUUUUUUUUUUUUUUGUUCUGUUACAAAUGAUAGAUCUGUGGUUUUGGGAUGACAGUACUAUGAACCAAUAUAGAUUUCGUUUACUUUCAUAUGUGGGUAUAAAAUCGGAUAAAGUGAGUCCCCAUGUGACUUUAGUGUGAAUUUAGAGGGUUUUCAUCAUAUUUGCACAUUGGAUUUACCCUUGGUUUGACUCAAACAAAUGUAUGAAUUACACUAUAAAAGUACUACACAUAAA